AGGUCAAAGGUCCAAGGUCACUGCAGACUGAAGAAGUGAUUCUGCUGAAACUACAGAAAGAAGAGGCACAGACGAUCAGAGGAAGAGAAGGGAAAGAUGAUUUAAAGAAACAUGACAGAAAAACAGGAAGAAAGAUUUCACAACUGACUGGACGGAAAGACUGACUGACGGAGAGUGAAGAAGAAACUUCAAAAAACUGACCAAAGAUUCAAACAAUUGCAGAUUCGACAGAGAACAGAAUUUAAAAAGUGAAGCCAGUUGUUGUUAAUGACUGCCAGGGAACAUUUCUGAAGAAAGAACAGCCGGAUCAUUCUGUUCUCAUCCCGUAGCAACAUUCAAGGACGUCUUUAGGGUAAAAUGGCCAUCAGUUCACCAAAAGACAAGUAUUUUGGCGUUUGGCUCAUCUUCUUCAUGCUCGGUUUGGGAACGCUGCUGCCCUGGAACUUCUUCAUGACUGCUACCGUGUACUUCACCAGCCGUCUGAAGGACUCCUCUUUGGUUGAUUUUUCAGCCAAUCAUACAGAGGCAGUAGGUGAGCAUCGCAGCAUUCUGGAAGCCAAAUUCAACAAUGUGAUGACGAUCUGUGCCAUGCUGCCAUUGCUCCUCUGCACCUGCCUCAACUCCUUCCUGCACUCACUUAUUUCUCAGCGUCUGCGUGUGAUGGGCAGUCUGCUUGUCAUCAUGCUCGUCUUCAUUGUCACCGCAAUCCUCGUCAAAGUUCAGAUGGAGCCACUGCCCUUCUUCUCCAUUACCAUGGUGAAGAUCAUCAUCAUCAAUUCCUUUGGUGCUGUGCUACAGGGCAGUCUAUUUGGGAUGGCUGGGUUGCUGCCGACUUCAUAUACGACUCCCAUCAUGAGCGGUCAGGGACUCGCUGGAACCUUCGCUGCCUUUGCCAUGAUCUGCGCCAUCGCAAGUGGUUCAGAGCUUCAGGAUGCAGCAUUUGGUUAUUUUAUCACCGCCUGUGUUGUUAUUUUUCUGGCCGUCCUCUCUUACGUCCUGCUACCUAAACUGGUGUUUUUCCAGUUUUAUCAGGAGAGAAACAGGAAACAGAGAUCAGAUGAGGACAACUCUGUGAAUCUGAUGAACCAAAAUGGAGCAGCUGAUCCCAACAUACGGCAAAAUGUUUCUAUGAUUGGGAUCUUUAAGAAGAUCUGGCUGUUGGCUUUGUCUGUGUGUUUCACCUUUACUAUCACCAUCGGCAUAUUUCCCGCCAUCACUGCUGACACAAAAUCCACCAUUGGAUUGGAGGGCUCUUGGGACCAGUACUUUAUCCCAGUCAGCUGUUUCCUGCUCUUUAACCUGUGUGAUUGGGGUGGGCGGAGCUUAACAGCCGUCUGUAUGUGGCCACAGAAGGACAGUCUGUUACUUCCUGUCUCCAUCCUGUGUCGCCUUGUCUUCAUCCCUCUCUUCAUGUUGUGUAACGUCCACCCUCGUCUCCACCUGCCCGUCUUCUUCCAUCAUGAUGGCUGGUUCAUUUUCUUCAUGGUCCUCUUUGCCUUCAGUAACGGAUAUUUGGCCAGCCUCUGCAUGUGCUUUGGACCAAAAAAUGUUCUUCCUCAUGAAGCAGAAACAGCUGGAACCAUUAUGGCUUUCUUUCUGUCUCUGGGUUUGGCUUCAGGAGCUGCACUCUCUUUCAUCUUCAGAGCAAUGGUUUAAGUGAAAACAUCUUAAUUACUGGAUUAGCUGGGAGUGUAUUGGUGUGACUAGAAAAAAAAUGAUAAAGUUCUAGCCCACUGUCAAACCUUCAGUGCUUUUCAAGCUGAACCUGAAACUGUGGACAUUUUAUCCUUAUAGUAACAUCAGAAACAAACAUUUUCAGGACAAAUCAAGACUGAAGAGAAAGAACACAUCUCAUAACACUAAAAAAAGACAAAGUAUCACAAUCAAUACUGGGUUCACUUGACAGAACCAGCAGUCAGUUUAGACCUAAUGUUAUUGUUAUAUUGCUGAUAGUUUUCAUCUUUACUUUGUUCUGACUAAUGCAGUUCCUGCCUGGAUUAACAUAUCUGUGAAUUAAAUACGUCAUUAAAGUAAUAGGGUGGAGUCCCUCCCCUCAUCCAGUCCGCCCCCCAGCCAAGUGAUAUCAUCCAUAUUAUCCGAACCUCCAGAUUUUCCAUUAAACAUUUAAAUGAAAUAUUGUUGUCUUUUCUUUUGAUCUGAUUGGGUUACGGUUGUUAAUGAAUGCACAUGGUUCAUAUUUUUUAUAAUUCGUUUGCAGGUAUGUAGCCUCAUUUUCUGUGACUUGUUUGUAGCUACAGUAAUUCAGAGGUUUUCUGUGCCAUGCCAGUUGCUGGAGUACCCAUGGUGGCAGCAGACAUACCACGCAUGGAUUAGGAUGAGUUGGUUUUGUAUGAACUUCCAACUACACUUGAUGGGUCCAUUACCUUGUCUGUUGUCCAGCAAAAGUCAAGGAGCAUCAGUAAGUAGUGGAGUCCUGAUAACCCUGACCAAACUUCCCCCUACCCAAAGACAAUGCUUGUCUCCUUCUGCAUGGUAGUGCCCACACCCUGGCCUGUUUAGUUGACUCUGGGGCCGACAUCGGUAUUAUGGACAAAAAGUUGGCAACCCACCUGGAGCUGGGCCAAGUUCCCCCUACCCAAGCCGAUACUGCUAGGUUGCUGCAGAACAGACCCAAAAGCAGACUUGGAUGAGUUUCAAACAGGGGUUUAUUGAAUAGAGGACGGGAACUGGGAAUGGCCGACGAGGAGGAAAUGGCAGAGCUGAAAAGGGGAAUCGUGCGAUGGCAGUGGGCAGGCAAUCUGAGCUGGCAGGGGAGAAGUUGCUGGAUAGAGCAAGCAGGCAGAUCUCUGGCAGGAGGUGGUGGUAAUUGUCCUGAGCACAAAGAGACUGGUUAAGAGCAUAGAAAGACAAACUUCCAAAAAAAAA